AUGAAAAUCAACCAACCUUUUUAGGUUUUUGUUCGUAUACGAUCCCAUUCAGAUUCUACAAAUCCAAUUGAAGUUGUUAAUGAAAAUAUUGUAACUAUAAAUUUUAAAUAAAUAGCUUAGAAUAUCAAAUAGAGAAAUGAGCUUUUAGAAAAUCUUUACUGAAAAUGAUUCCAAUUAAUCAGUUUAUGAAGGAGUACUAUUGUAUAUUAAGUAGACUUUAUCGAAAUUUAUAAGUAAAAUAUUUGAAGGGUUCAAUAUGACAGUGUUAUGUUAUGGAAUGACUGGAUCUGGUAAAACUCAUACUAUGUUUGGGAACUCAUAAGUACAAUUAAAUAAUAAAUAAAAAGGAUCAUUAUGGCAUAGUAUAUUAAGCAGUUAAGGAACUUUUUCAACUGAAGAAAAAUGGAUUUAUAAAAAUUAGUUUUUAUGAAAUAUAUAAUGAAUAGAUUAUAGAUUUGUUAGAAUAAAAUUCAUAGAAUUUAUCAGUCUAAGAAGAUAAGAAUGGAGAUACUUAAAUACCAGGUUUAUCAUAAUAAUGCAUAGUUGAUGAAGAUCAUCUUGUUUAAUUGAUAUAAUAAGCAUAAAAACGAAGAUAAUUGGCUUCAACUGCUAGUAAUUAAUAUUCAUCUAGAUCACAUGCUAUUGUAUAGAUAUAAGUAGUAAAUUAUGAUGAGAAAUAAAAUAUUAAAUAUGAUGGUAAAUUAAUAUUAGCAGAUUUGGCAGGUAGUGAAAGAUGUUAUAAUUAUAAAAAUGGAGGAACAUAAAAGAUUUAAUAAGAAGGUUAAAAUAUUAAUAAAUCUCUUUUGGCAUUGGGUUAAUGUAUUAUGAUGUUAAAUUAAAGCAAAUCACAUAUUCCAUAUAGAAAUUCUAAAUUAACAAGAAUUCUAAAAUAAUCUCUAAGUGGUAAUUCUAUGACUCUUUUUAUUGCAUGUAUAAGUAAAUAAUUUAGUGAAGAAACAGAAAAUACAUUAAAAUAUGCUUAAUAAGCAUGUGCAAUAAAAACAUAAUUAACUUAAGCUAUGACAUAAAUCUAAAUUUAACAACCAAAAAGAUCUAUAUCAAUUGAAAUCUAGAAUCUAGAAUAAUAAUUGAAUAAUUAUUUUGUGAUUAAUAAUGGUUUACAUAAAAACUUAAAUACAUUAUAUUAAAAUGUGUAAAAAGAAUAGGAAACUAAAGUUAUUGUUUAAAAUGUAGAAUAAUAUAUAGCAUCAAAUAUGAGAAAGUAGAAAUUAAUAAUAAAUUAAAUUAAAGAACUUAUUGUUGAAAAAGAAAAUUAAGAUAAAUCAUUUACAUAUAGAGGAUCAGAAGUAAGAUUUUGUGAUUUAAGCAAUAAAAGUUCAAUAAUUUCAUAAAUACAACCUCAUACUGCAGAUUAAAGUUGUUAAACUGAAAGAGUUUGUGAUCCAAUUUAAUUUGAUGUAAAACAUGGAAGACAUAAUUCAUAAUAAACAAUUAAUAAAAUUGAAAUACAUAAAAUUCCAGAAUCAAAAAGAUUUUCAAAUCCAUUUCUAAGUACUAUGGUUUUAGAAGAAAAUACAAAAAAGAAUGUAUUAUAAGAUAGAACAAAUAGAUUCAAAAUAAAAAUAAAAUGA